AUGACACAAGUAGAAAACCAUGAAUUUAGCAAACUGAAACAAGAUGAAGUAGCUAUAGUUAUGGUUCCAUUUCCAUCUCAAGGCCAUCAUAACCAACUUCUCCAACUUUCAUGUUUAAUCUCCUCCUAUCAACUUCCUGUCUACUAUGUUGGAUUGGCAACACAUAAUCAUCAAGCCAGGAUUCAAGCUAACACAUUAAAUCCUUCAAACAUAGCCAAACUUCACUUCCAUGACCUUCCAAAUCCUGAACUAAUAUCCUCAUCAAAUCUUGAGACAGUAUGGGAUGUUUCUAUGCUUCUUCGCGAUCCCAUUGCUUCUUUCAUACGCAAUAUUUCAUCAAAAGUAAAACGAGUCGUUGUUGUUCAUGAUCCUAUGAUGUCUUACAAUGUUCAAGAUGUUUCUUCUUUGCUCAAUGCUGAAUCCUAUAUAUUUAACUGCAUUUCAGCUUUCUCAUGCUAUAUUAUGAUGUGCUUAUUUUUAAAGAUUUCUGGCCAACAUGAAGAAGAAUUGCUUAAUAAGCUAUACUCCUUUGAAGGAGUUACAACAGAUGAAGCUAUGGACUUAUCAGAUUCUCAACAUCCAUAUAUGGAUAUUAGAUCAGGUGAUAUCCAUAAUACAAGUAAAGUAAUUGAAAGCAAGUAUAUUGAUUUGAUGGAACAAGCAGAAAUUAGUCUGAACAAGAAACAAUGGGCAAUUGGACCUAUUCUGCCGACUAAAUUCAAUUACAUCUCGAAUAUAAGUUUGGAUUGGCUGAACAAACAACCUCCAAGAUCAGUUCUUUAUGUAUCUUUUGGAACAACAACUUCAUUUUCUGAUAGACAAAUCAAGGAGCUUGCGAUGGGAUUAGAGCAGA